GCACUGCAGAAGAACUACUCACUAGAAAAAAAGGAGAAUGACCCAUGAUGCCACGUGACUGGUCAUAGGCAGGGGCGGACUGACAACUCAUGGGGCCCCCGGGCAAUAGGGGAUCAUGGGGCCCCUGUGUCCUUGCCCAAACUCAAAAAAGCCUAUGAAAAAAGGUACCAGGGGCAUCUCAUGGGGCCCCCUACUGACCCCGGGCGCUCGGGCAGUGCCCAAGUUUCCAAAUGGUCAGUCUGCCCCUGGGGCGUAUCUACUGCAAGGCAAACACAACGUUUGCCUU